UACUCUCCCCAGCAUGCAGCAUGCGGAAAGGGGGCAGGGAUAGGAGGCUGCUGCUAUGAGAAAGAAAAAAAACAGCCACAACAGAGCUUCAACUGCCAUCAAAGGUCAGCUUGCCACCUGAAGCGGGGCAACGCAGUGAAGACCUGCAGCAGCUGCCCAGGAGGAGCCAAGAGGAGGAAAGAGCACCCAGCGCAGAGGCCAGCAGUUAGCAACUGACGUGCAAAAAGAGCUCCCUGGGCAGGAGCCAUGGCCUGGCCACUUUCCUGCUGGCUGUGGCUUCUGGGGACGCUGGUGGGGCUCUCAGCUAUCCCAACCCCCAAGAUCUGUUCAGAACAGCAGUACUGGGCUCCGGGAGGAUGGUGCUGCCAGAUUUGUAAGCCAGGAACGUUCCUAAAGAAGCACUGUGAUGGGCACAGCAAGGCUGCUCAGUGUGACCCAUGUACACCAGGGAUCUCCUUCUCACCAGACCCCAACAAACGGCCCCACUGUGAGAACUGCCGGCACUGUAACUCUGGUCAUCUCAUUCGGAACUGCACGGUCACCGCCAAUGCCGAGUGUGCCUGCCCCAAGGGCUGGCAGUGCAGGGACAAGGAGUGUACCGAGUGUGACCCUGCUCCAAACCCCUUGUUGACCCUGCGUCCAUCGCAGGGCCAGGGCACACAUGCACAACCCACCCACUUCCCUUACACCGAAAAGCUACCAGAGGCCAGGACAGCCAGGCACAUGCGGACUCUGGCUGACUUCAUAAAGCUGCCUGCCCCAGCUCUUUCGACCCAAUGGCCACCCCAGAGAUCCCUGUGCAGCUCAGAGUGCAUCCGCAUCUUUGUGGUCCUCUCUGGAAUGUUUGUUUUCACCAUGGUCGGAGCCCUGUUCCUCCAUCAACAAAGAAAACAUGGACUAAACAAAGGAAGCCCAGGAAUGCCUGCGGAGGCUUCUCCUUACAGCUGCCCCAGGGAGGAGGAGGGCGACGCCAUCCCCAUCCAGGAGGAUUAUCGAAAACCAGAGCCUGUUUCCUACUCCUGAGCCAGCACUCCACAGAGGGGGUCAUCACUGCAGUGAGGUCCUAGCCUCAAUCCCACCCCACUGACCAUACGGAGGCAAUGAGACCUGGAACCCUCAAUUUCAGCACCAUGUUCUUCUCAUCAGGACCCUUUCCUGUCUGCAGACUUGAGAAAGUGCCUUUUUGAGAUUGGCAGUGAGGACACACGGGAAUGAGGUGGAGGGUGGGAAGCAGUAUGUGCCAGCUUCACCCCUGUGCUGCAGAAGGGCUGGGUUUCCAGUUGUAAGGCACACUUACACCUACAAAAGCCGCACGUGCUAUCACUGAUUAAGAAACUCGGCAAAAUAAAGUGACAG